CGCUAACCGCGACGCAGUGGUUUUCACGAGUGUUACAUAUCGAAUUGAAUAAAUAGAGAAUCAAAUUGAACAUUGCGACUCCCAGAUCGGUAAACUCCGAGAUUUUCCGUCAAUUUCAAUCACAAAAUACUAUAACAACAAUGGGAAGUGUAAUGGGAAUAAUCAAAGGAAUUUACUGCGACCCAUUCAAGUGGUCGAUAGUUAAAAGCGUGGGAGUCUUCGCUGUGGGUGUUUCCAUCGCCCUGGAAUGUCGAGGGGUUGAUUUCAUGCAGCCAAUUACGCCAUAAUCGUCUAAUCAAUUUAAAAAUCCCGCAAAUCAUCAAGACCAUCACCAAGAAAAUGUAAAAACUCCACAGGCUCUUACACCCACGAGUUACGCUUUAUACCUCACGUUUUGUUGAUAGGCCUUUUAUUUUGUACAAAAGUGAAUAUAUGUCAUCAUAAACUACUAAAAAGCCUCGAAAUUAAUUCCCAAAGAAUUGUUUCCACUCCAAAACCCAGAAAAAUCUGUCAAUAUGUAAAAAUCGAAGUUUUUCGUUCAAUAAUCAAUAGAUAUUUCCUCUGCGAUACCAUGCGAUAGAUGCGAUACAAUCAGCUGAUGUGAUCCUAACCUGUCAGUCACGGAAAUAAAUAUAAAAAUAAAAAAUGGUCUGGUACCUGUAAACUCCAAAAAUUUAUAAAAAUCCGCAAAAAAAAAUCCCCUGAGGACUAUUCAAAGUUAAAAAAAUGUGAGAGUGAUAAAGUUGCAACAAAAACUGGCAAAACCAUUCUACAAGGGGAUAAUUUCAGAUAAUUCCCUCCACGAAUGCCCACAUAACCAAAAAUCGAGAAGCUCCUGAAUUUCUCUGAGAAGACUCCAAGACUCCAUUUAAAACCAAAUUCAAGAUGACAUUUCUCCCAAAGUCCUUUCCCCUGCCCUCACGUCCCCACUUCAUCGUAAUCUCCCUCAUCUUCACACUUUUUAUCUUAUCAAUGAUUUUCUACCAGAUUCUCCUGUUCACCCAUCCAUCAUCGGAGCUCACGUACCACCCACUGGUCCUGGGUGAUCUCUCAACAAUUCCCACCAUCACCUUGACCUCCAACUCCCCAACCACCACCAUGACAAACAUCAGCUGCACCCAUUUCACAUGCUUCAACAUCUACAGAUGUGGUUUUCGUGGAAACAAACUCCUGGUGUACGUCUACCCUCCGAGGAACUUCCGGGAUACAACAGGAAUUCAAACCCAAAUGUCGAGGGAAUACUACGAGUACUUGUCAGCGAUAAUCUCGAGCCCGUACUACACACCAAACCCGAAGGAGGCGUGUCUCUUCGUCCCCUCCCUGGACACUCUGAAUCAGAAUCGUUUAAACCUGAAAUUAACGUCGCAGUCAUUAAAAUCCCUGGAUUUCUGGAACAACGGUGAAAAUCAUCUAAUCCUGAAUAUGAUUCCAGGUGGUUUACCAGAUUACAACAGCACCCUGGACGUUCCAGUGGGCAGAGCAAUGCUAGCCACUGGUGGACCAUCAUCUUUGACCUUCAGGAGUAAUUUCGACAUAAGUAUUCCUGUGUUUAGUCCAGCAGCAGCUGGUCUCCACCAAAAAUCUCCAGAAAGGAGAAAGCACCUGGUGAUGGCCUCCCAGAUGAACAUCAACUUGGCUUUCGAGCAGGAUUUGAUGGAGAUCGCAGCGGGGAACAAAGAGCUGUUGAUACUAGGUGCUUGUCUCCAUCACAACCCCAUGUCCUCGAGCAUCAGGUGCCUAGGAGAGAAGGUUUACAAAUAUCCAGACAUUCUACAGACCUCCAACUUCUGUCUGGUAAUCAGGGGAGCUAGACUCGGUCAGAGUGUCCUCAUGGAUUCACUGGCUUCUGGAUGCAUUCCAGUGAUCAUCGAGGAUUCAAUUGUCAUGCCAUUUGCUGAGGUAAUCGACUGGAGACGAGCUGCUGUAUUUAUCCGGGAGGUUGACAUUCUCACCCUGACAUCAACCCUCAAAUCCAUCUCUCCAAAUCGAGUUGAGGAAUUGCGACGUCAGUGCUAUUGGCUCUGGCGAACAUAUUUCAGCUCAAUGGAGAAAAUAACAACUACCAUGCUGGACAUUCUCUCUGAUCGUGUAUUUCCCCAUCUAUCUCGAGACUACAACCACUGGAAUGUCCCCGACAUAAACAAGAAUCCCCUGUUUCUUCCCAUAACAGCUCCAAAGAUUCAUGGCUUCACCGCUGUUAUCCUGACAUACGACAGAGUGGAAUUACUCUUCUCUCUGAUAGAUAAAAUAGUCCAGGUGCCCAGUCUCUCGAAAGUCCUCGUCAUCUGGAAUAAUCAGAGGAAGGAUCCACCCCCACCGUCCAGAUGGCCAAAGCUCAGCAAACCCCUGCAGGUAAUAAAAACAAAGGAGAACAAAUUAUCCAACAGAUUCUACCCCUACGAAGAAAUCGAGACUGAGGCUGUUCUCUCUAUUGACGAUGACAUCAUCAUGCUGACGUCUGACGAAGUGGAAUUCGCUUACGAAGUCUGGAGGGAAUUCCCGGAUAGAAUCGUUGGAUUCCCAUCGAGAACUCACAACUGGGACAAUUCCUCGAAUCUCUGGAAAUAUGAAAGCGAGUGGACCAAUAGAAUAUCCAUGGUUCUCACUGGUGCAGCUUUUCAUCACAAAUACUGGAGUUAUCUUUACACAACCUCCAUGCCAGGGGACAUUAAGUCUUGGGUCGAUGAGCACAUGAACUGCGAGGAUAUCGCUAUGAAUUUUCUCGUUGCCAAUGUCACGGGGAAGGCACCGAUCAAGGUAACGCCGAAGAAGAAAUUCCGGUGUCCAGAGUGCACCAAUACGGAGAUGCUCUCCGCUGAUUUAGCGCAUAUGGCGGAGAGAACACAGUGUAUCAACAGAUUCAGCAGAAUCUAUCACACAAUGCCACUCAAAUCCGCGGAAUUCAGAGCUGAUCCUGUGUUGUUUAAGGACGUCUUCCCCGAGAAACUCAAAAGAUUCAACGGCAUUGGAAGCCUUUGAGAUUCCAUUCGCCAUUUUGUAUCUUAAUUGUUUUGUAUUCUUCGUUGUUAAUUUAUAGAGAAGUAAUAAAUUUUUAUUUAAAAAUGUC